AUGAAAUUAGGAUAUAAUGAAAUAAUGAUAACAUCAAUGUAUUUUAAUGAUAUUAAUGAUUUUAUUAAUUUAGAAAUUGGUGUUAAAAGAUUUCAAGGAAAUAUUGAACGAUUUCAUUUUAAUCCAAUUCCAUUAAAUAAAUAUUCAAGAAAAUUAUUUACUAAUAUUGAAACAUUUCAUAUUUAUAAUUAUAAUGAUGAAAUAUUUAAAGAUGGAAGAAUAUUUAAAUAUGUAAUAUGGUAUUUAGUAAAUUAUUCAGAAUAUUUACAAGAGAAAGAACAAGGAAAUAUCUGUAAAAAUAUAGAAUAUACAAAAGAAGAUAGAAAUAAAUAUGGAAAUACAAUACCAUCAGAAGUUAAAUCACUUGGAUAUAAAUGUUUUUAUAAUUGUGAUUCAUUAACAACAAUUAAUAUACCAUCUUCAAUUACUAAAUUAGAUGAUUGUUGUUUUUAUGAAUGUUCAUCAUUAAAAUCAAUUAAUAUUCCAUCAUCAGUUAUAUCAAUAGGAGAUGAUUGUUUUUCAGGAUGUUCAUCAUUAACAUCAAUUAAUAUAGAAAAUCUACAAUAUAUUAGUAAAGAAAGAAUAUUUAUGAAUAAACCAGUGUUAGUUAGUACUGAAAUACCAGAAAAUCUACAAAUAAUCAAUGGAAAGAAUAUUGAAAAGAAAGAUAUUAAUAAAUUUAUUAUUCCAUCUUCAAUUACUAAGUUAGGAGAAUAUUGUUUUUAUGAAUGUAAAUCAUUAACAUCUAUUAAUAUACCUUCAUCAAUUAUAUCAUUUGGAGAUGGAUGUUUUAGUUAUUGUUUAUCAUUAACAUCAAUUAAUAUUCCAUCAUCUGUUAGUAAAUUAGGAAGUGCAUGUUUUUAUGGAUGUGGAUGUGAAGAAGAAUUAAAGAAAAAUGAAAGAAUACCAAGAAUUUGUUUUGAAUAG